UUAUCUUAUCAUUUCAUAGAAGUUGCGAUAAAUAUGCGUUGUCGAUAUUGCGAAGAAUAUUUUUCACGGAAAGUGACGUGAGCUGUGCACUUCUUUUGUUUCUGUUUUCAUCAAAUAACUACAAAAUGUCCGGAUCAGGUCCACCGCCACCAUAUUUCGGGCACCAUCCUCCGCAAGCUACCCCCAUGCAGCCUGGCGUCACUUACGUGCCCACCCCGGUGUACGUACCGAUGUACCCGCAACCCCCUCCGCCGCAGCCCACCCCUCCUAACGCCACAUACGUCACCAAUGUUUACCAACACCCCCCGGUGGUCGCCGAGCCUAUAGUUCAGCUAAGAGAAGACCCCAUUGACUGGAUACCAGCGUCUUCUCUGAACGCUAGAAGCUUAGAAUAUAAAGCUUUCGUAGGGGGCAAGGAGGGGUGGGACGGCAGCCCAUUGUGGGUAAUCAGAGCCCGUCACAACAACGAGUACGUGCCAGGGAAACUAGCCAUCAAACACAGGAGCGCCUACAUCCCUUAUGGUGGACAAGAAGUGCAGGUGCAGAAUUUUGAAGUACUGUGUACGACUCCCGGAGCAGUGCGGUGGUUGCCAGGGAGCAACGGGCAGGUGCCUGUGGAAGCCAUCGCGGCGGGCAACACCGUCAGUGGCGAACCGCUCUACAUAGCGAAGGUCCGGCAUCGGGGCUCUAUCACCCCCGGAAAGGUACACCCAAGCCAUGGUUGCUGCUACAUAUCUUUCGGUGGAAUGGAAAUACCGUACAAAACAUAUGAAGUUCUAUGCAAGGUCGUCGGAUAAAGCAAUCAUAAUAAUUAUAAUAAUUCUCAAAGUUUUACCAUAAUCUGACGAGUCCUAGCAUGUAGACAAUGUUAUCAGUACUUAUUGUUAAAUUUUGUUGAAAAUAAAUCUAAUAUUACUACUUAAAAAGUCGAGAAAUUUCAUAAAACAUCAAUUUUAAUUUACACUGCUGUAAAAUCAUAAAAAUGUUGUUUACAUAAUAAAGAAAAAACGAAGUUUACAUAUAAAUUGUACCUACAUAUAUUUUCGUACUGAUUGGUUGGACUUAAUUAGUUAUAUCAAAAAGUGUACAUUUAUUAAUAAAAAUUUUAUAUUAAAG